AUGGAGAGCCAAUUGGCUCAAAUUGCACAACAAGUUGGAAGUUCAUCCUCCAAUCCUAAUGGUCACUUUCCAAGCUCAACGGUAGUGAACCCAAAGGAGCAAGCUAAGGCUAUUACUUUGAGAUCGGGAAGGGGUUAUGAGGGCCCGGUUAUGAGUGAAGAGGAGCCACAAAAGAGAGAUGAGGGAGUUGUGGUGAGAAGUGAGGAUGAUUUUGAAAAUGAAGUAGUUGAAGUUGAGAGAAAAGAGCAAAAGAGUGAUAAGGGAGCCACAAAGAAAGAUGAGGGAGAUGAAGAAAGAAUAGAAAAGCCCCCUAUGAGAGUAUAUAAGCCCCCUAUUCCAUUUCCUCAUAGAAUUGUAGAGAAGAAGUUGAAUGAGAAGUUUUCAAAAUUUCUUGAAGUCAUGAGAGGACUUCAAAGUAGGCUUGAAGAGAGUGCAACCAUCUCCCUUCCUAAGGAGGUGAGUGCAAUCAUUCAAAACAAGCUUCCCCAAAAGCUUGGUGACCCCGGUAGCUAUGCAAUACCGGUGAAGAUUGGAGAUUUGGAAGCUAUGGAUGCUUUAUGUGAUCUUGGGGCAAGUGUGAGCUUGAUGCCCUAUUCUAUUGCAAAGAGCUUGAAAGUUGGAGACUUGAAACCAACAACAAUAACCUUACAACUAGCCGACCGCACGGUUAGGCUACCUUUGGGGAUUCUUGAAGAUGUGUCGGUUCAAGUUGGAAGAGUAUUUGUGCCAUGGGAUUUUGUAGUAAUGGAGAUGGAAGAAAAUUCAAGAGUACCCCUCAUUUUGGGGAGACCAUUUUUGAACACCGCGAGAGUGGUGAUUGAUAUGAAAGAAGGAAGAUUGACCUUGAAUGUGGGAUAUGAGAAAAUUUCAUUUUCUACACCCACGUUAGACCCGAUAUAA